ACUGAUGGCAGCUACCUGCUGCGGGACAGCGAGAGCAUCCCGGGAGUCUACUGCCUCUGCGUGCUGCAUCAGGGUUACGUUUAUACCUACAGAGUGUCCAAGACAGAAACUGGGUCCUGGAGUGCUGAGACAGCCCCUGGGGUCCACCGCAGGCUCUUUCGGAAAGUGCACAGCCUCAUUUCGGCCUUCCAGAAACCCGACCAAGGCAUCAUCACACCCUUGCGGUACCCUGUUGUCAACCACGCGAAAGCCGGCUGUCCCUCAGGGAGGAAUGAGGGCCAUGACUUCCACCUGCAGCCAUCAUGA